AAUGUAUAAUAUACUCGAAUAAGCAGUAGUUUAAAAUGGAUAAAAGGGAGAGUGGCUCAGAUAUAAACGGAUCACCUAAAAAAAAGAAGUUGAAGAAGAAAACGAAGAAACACCCCGUGGUAUCGUCUAAACUGAAAGCUCUGGUAGAUGACUUCAUAAAAUCUGCAGAAGAUGGAACUACAAAUGAAAAUGAAUUAAAUAAGAAUGAAGAAUGUACCAUAAACGAGGAUGGUAAUGCACAAAUCACCGAGUCAAAUGUUAUAUCUAAUGAAAAGGACCUUAAAGGGGUCUCAAACAAAAAUUCUGGAAAAAAUAUAUCCGAAAAUGAUGAAAAGUAUCCAGUUGUAUUCAUAGGAAACGUGCCACUAUCGAUAAAGACUAAAUCCGACCUAAUUAAAAAGUUAAACCUUGAUCCAAAAAUCGUUAAAUCGGUUCAUUUCAGGUCACUUCCAGUAGAUCCAAAGUUUGCAUCAAACAAAAAAGUAGGAAUAAUCAAACAAAAAUUCACCGAUGCUAAGGAUACCCAAAAUGCUUACGUUAAAUUAGUAAGUGAAGAAUACUUAUGUGAUAUUCUGAACAAAAACACUAUCGAAGUUGAUGGGAAACAUCUAUUUAUAAAUGCUACUUCACCAAACUCUUUUAGCAAAUUUAGUCGGAAAAAGACAGUAUUUGUUGGAAGACUUCCUCCAUCCACAAAUGAAGACGAAUUAUUCAAUCUAUUUUCGAAUGUUAGCCCUGUAAAAAGUGUAAGAAUUAUUAGGGAUCCCAAAACUUUGAAAUCUAAGGGCUUUGGAUUUGUUGAAUUCGAUACUAGAAUAGCUGUUCCAGAAGCAAUCGACAAUUUUAAUAAUACACAGUUUAAGGGAUAUACACUUAACGUUAUGAAGUCUUUCGAUGAAACCACAUCAAAAGCUAUGAAAAACCCAAUGAACAAGAGCAGAUUCCGAGGAAAAUCCAAAAAUAUGAAGAAAGUUUCCAAAGACGGAAGCAAAAGAAAAUAG